AUGGUCGUCAUUGGUGACAUCACACAGAAAGGCUAUGAGAAGAAACGCUCCAAGCUGAUUGGUGCAUAUCUGCCACAGUCCCCAGUCUCAGGCUCUGAAGCGCCCAUGGGUCAGGAGAGGAAGACGCCGGUCACUCCAUCUUCAUCCUCGCGCUACAGCCGCAGACGCUUAUCCGGCUCCAGGGACGAGCGCUACAGAUCAGAUGUUCACACAGAAGCGGUUCAGGCUGCGUUGGCCAAACACAAGGAGAGGAAGAUGGCCGUCCCCAUUCCCUCCAAACGCAGGUCUCUGGUGGUUCAGACUUCAGUGGACGCUUACACUCCCCCAGACACGUCGUCGGGCUCGGAGGCGGAGCCAGACGGCGAGGAGCAAAGCGCAGAGGGGGAGCGGGUGGGAGGCGGCGGCGGUGGCGGCAAUGGGACGUCCAGCCUGGAGGACGGCCUGACCACAGAGCACUGGGCCAGCCGCGGCCUGCACCCCGCCUCCUCCAGCACCACCACUGGCUCCAGCGCCUCCUCGUCCUCCUCGUCCCGGGGCAGCUGCGGCGGCGGAGUGGCGGGGCGACUGGCAGACGUCCUACAGCAGCACGCGCACCUGCACCGCCACAGACUGCAUCGCACAGAAAACCACUCGGCUCCUCCAGACGUCACGGGUUACACCAACAACUCCACGUCCUCCUCCGAUGGGACCCAGGCCGACCGGGUGCCCUGUCCUGCGGCACACAAACACGCGCCUAAAUACGGCAACGCAGAGCUCAUGGAGACGGGCGACGGGGUCCCGGUCAGUAGCAGAGUAUCGGCUAAAAUCCAGCAGUUGGUGAACACCCUGAAGAGACCCAAGCGGCCUCCUCUGCGGGAGUUCUUUGUUGACGACUUUGAGGAGCUUUUAGAAGUCCAGCAGCCCGACCCGAACCAGCCCAGAGCCGAGGGGUCGCGGAUGUCUCCGACUCAGGGAGAGCAGCUGGGCGUGGUCACCAACUGGCCGCCGUCCCUGGAGGCGGCGCUGCAGCGGUGGGGCACCAUCUCCCCCAAAGCCCCCUGCCUGAGCACCAUGGACCCCAACGGAAAACCACUCUACGUCCUCACAUACGGGAAGCUCUGGUCCCGGAGUGUGAAGGUGGCCUACAACCUGCUCCACAAACUGGGAUCCAAACAGGAGCCCGUGGUGCGGCCGGGGGACAGGGUGGCGCUAGUGUACCCCAACAACGACCCCGCAGCUUUCAUCUCAGCGUUUUACGGCUGUCUCCUCGCCGACGUUGUUCCUGUGCCCAUUGAAGUCCCACUCUCCAGGAAGGAUGCAGGAAGUCAGCAGAUUGGCUUCCUGUUGGGCAGCUGUGGCGUGACGGUGGCUCUGACCAGUGAUGCCUGUCAUAAAGGAUUACCCAAGAGUCCCACCGGAGAGAUACAGCAGUUUAAAGGUUGGCCUAAAGUGUUGUGGUUCGUCACCGAGUCCAAGCACCUUUCCAAACCUCCACGAGACUGGUUCCCUCUGACCAAAGACGCUAACCAGGACACCGCCUACAUCGAGUACAAGACGUGUAAAGACGGCAGUGUGCUUGGAGUUACCGUGCCCCGGACGGCUAUGCUCGCCCACUGUCAAGCCUUAACCCAGUGCUGCUCCUACACUGAAGCCGAGACCAUAGUGAAUGUGUUGGACUUCAAGAAAGACGUGGGACUGUGGCACGCCGUCCUCACGAGUGUCAUGAACAUGAUGCACGUGAUCAGCAUCCCCUACGCCCUGAUGAAGGUGAACCCUCUGUCCUGGAUCCAGAAGGUCUGCCAGUACAAAGCUCGAGUGGCCUGUGUGAAGUCCCGGGACAUGCACUGGGCGCUGGUGGCUCACAGAGAACAGAGGGACAUCAACCUGAGUUCCCUCCGGAUGCUGCUGGUGGCCGACGGAUCCAACCCAUGGUCCAUCUCGUCGUGCGAUGCCUUCCUCAACGUGUUUCAAACCAAAGGCCUGAAGCCGGAGGUCAUCUGUCCCUGUGCUAGCUCCCCCGAGGCCCUGACCGUCGCCAUCAGGAGGCCGGUGGAGGAGGACAGUGACCCCCCCGGGCGAGGCGUGUUGUCUAUGUCCGGUCUCAGUCAUGGGGUGAUCCGGGUGGACUCUGAGGAGAAGCUGUCGGUGCUGACGCUGCAGGACGUGGGCUCCGUUAUGCCAGGAGCUCUCAUGUGUGCGGUGAAGCCUGAAGGCCUCCCUCUGCUCUGUAAGACGGACGAGAUCGGAGAGCUGUGCGUCUGUACUCCGGCCACGGGAACAUCCUACUACGGCCUCUCUGGGAUGACCAAGAACACCUUCGAAGUGCUCCCGCUGUCCGACGUCGGUUCUCCUCUGGGGGACGUUCCCUUCACCAGGACCGGGUUGCUGGGCUUCGUGGGUCCGGCCGGUCUGGUCUUUGUGGCGGGGAAGAUGGACGGACUCAUGGUGGUCGGGGGGCGGAGACACAACGCAGACGACAUCGUUGCCACGGCGCUCGCGGUGGAGCCAAUGAAGUUUGUUUACAGAGGGAGGAUCGCAGUGUUCUCCAUCACGGUGCUGCACGAUGAGAGGAUCGUGGUGGUGGCGGAGCAGAGGCCGGACUCCACCGAGGAAGACAGCUUUCAGUGGAUGAGCCGCGUGCUGCAGGCCAUCGAUGGUAUCCACCAGGUGGGCGUGUACUGCCUGGCCCUGGUGCCCUCCAACACCCUCCCCAAGACCCCUCUGGGCGGGAUCCACCUGUCAGAGACCAAGCAGCUGUUCCUGGAGGGGGCGCUUCACCCCUGUAACGUUCUCAUGUGCCCCCACACCUGUGUCACCAACCUGCCCAAACCACGGCAGAAGCAGCCGGAGAUCGGCCCUGCGUCGGUGAUGGUGGGGAACCUGGUGUCGGGGAAGCGGAUCGCCCAGGCCAGCGGCAGAGACCUGACCCAGAUGGAGGACAAUGACCAGGCAAGGAAGUUCUUGUUCCUGUCCGAGGUUCUGCAGUGGAGAGCUCAGACCACUCCUGACCACGUCCUCUACACUCUCAUCAACUCCAGGGGAACGAUCGCCACCUCGCUGACCUGUGUCCAGCUGCACAAGCGAGCAGAGAAGAUCGCCGCCAUUUUGUCUGAGCGCGCACACCUUCAGGACGGAGACCACGUGGCCUUAGUUUACCCUCCAGGAGUGGACCUGGUGGUGGCCUUCUAUGGCUGCCUGUACGCCGGCUGUGUUCCCAUCACAGUGAGACCUCCUCAUCCUCAGAACAUCGCCACCACGCUGCCCACGGUCAAGAUGAUUGUGGAGGUGAGUCGCUCAGUGUGCGUCAUGACCACUCAGCUGAUCUCCAAACUGCUGCGGUCCAAAGAAGCCACAGCCACAGUCGACCUGCGGACCUGGCCCCCGGUCAUAGACACCGACGAUUUGCCCAAAAAGAAGCCCCCACUGCUGCACAAGCCUCUGAGCCCGGACACUCUGGCCUAUCUGGACUUCAGCGUGUCCACCACAGGGAUGCUGGCCGGGGUCAAGAUGUCCCACAGUGCCACCAGUGCCUUCUGCCGCUCCAUAAAGCUGCAGUGUGAGCUGUACCCGUCCAGAGAAGUGGCCAUCUGUCUGGACCCGUACUGCGGCCUGGGGUUCGUGCUCUGGUGCCUCUGCAGCGUGUACAGCGGUCACCAGUCCAUCCUGAUCCCGCCCUCGGAGCUGGAGCUGAACCCCGCCCUGUGGCUGUCGGCCGUCAGUCAGUACAGAGUGAGAGACACGUUCUGCUCCUACAGCGUCAUGGAGCUCUGCACCAAAGGCCUGGGGCUGCAGACGGACGCCCUGAAGUCGCGAGGCUUGGACCUGUCCCGUGUGCGUACCUGUGUGGUGGUAGCAGAGGAGCGCCCCCGCAUCGCUCUCACUCAGUCCUUCUCCAAACUCUUCAAAGACCUGGGGCUGCACCCUCGGGCCGUCAGCACCUCGUUCGGCUGCAGAGUCAACCUGGCCAUCUGUCUGCAGGUACCGGCUCCAAACUUACAGACCGCAGCUUUAACUUCACGACUAUUGGAUCAUUUGAAACAAGAUGGGGCAAUAGAGAGAGACACCGAGUCGAGUGUUUCCAUAGUAAUACAGAAAACCACCAUCUCCUCUGCCCCAUCUCCUCUGCUCCAUUUCCUCUGCACCAUCUCCUCUGCACCAUCUCCUCUGCACCAUCUCCUCUGCACCAUCUCCUCUGCACCAUCUCCUCUGCUCCAUCUCCUCUGCUCCAUCUCCUCUGCACCAUCUCCUCUGCUCCAUAUCCUCUGCCCCAUCUCCUCUGCACCAUCUCCUCUGCACCAUCUCCUCUGCUCCAUCUCCUCUGCUCCAUCUCCUCUGCACCAUCUCCUCUGCUCCAUCUCCUCUGCCCCAUCUCCUCUGCUCCAUCUCCUCUGCACCCUUUCCUCUGCACCAUCUCCUCUGCUCCAUUUCCUCUGCACCAUCUCCUCUGCUCCAUCUCCUCUGCUCCAUCUCCUCUGCACCAUCUGCUCUGCACCAUCUCCUCUGCUCCAUCUCCUCUGCUCCAUCUCCUCUGCUCCUUCUCCUCUGCCCCAUCUCCUCUGCUCCAUCUCUUCUGCACCAUCUCCUCUGCACCAUCUCCUCUGCUCCAUCUCCUCUGCACCAUCUCCUCUGCACCAUCUCCUCUGCUCCAUCUCUUCUGCACCAUCUCCUCUGCACCAUCUCCUCUGCACCAUCUCCUCUGCACCAUCUCCUCUGCUCCAUCUCCUCUGCACCAUCUCCUCUGCACCAUCUCCUCUGCUCCAUCUCCUCUGCUCCAUCUCCUCUGCUCCAUCUCCUCUGCUCCAUCUCCUCUGCUCCAUCUCCUCUGCACCAUUUCCUCUGCUCCAUCUCCUCUGCUCCAUCUCCUCUGCUCCAUCUCCUCUGCACCAUGUCCUCUGCUCCAUGUCCUCUGCACCAUCUCCUCUGCACCAUCUCCUCUGCCCCAUCUCCUCUGCUCCAUCUCCUCUGCACCAUCUCUUCUGCACCAUCUCCUCUGCACCAUCUCCUCUGCUCCAUCUCCUCUGCUCCAUCUCCUCUGCACCAUCUCCUCUGCACCAUCUCCUCUGCACCAUCUCCUCUGCUCCAUCUCCUCUGCACCAUCUCCUCUGCUCCAUCUCCUCUGCACCCUUUCCUCUGCACCAUCUCCUCUGCUCCAUCUCCUCUACACCAUCUCCUCUGCUCCAUCUCCUCUGCACCAUCUCCUCUGCACCAUCUCCUCUGCUCCAUCUCCUCUGCACCAUCUCCUCUGCACCAUCUCCUCUGCUCCAUCUCCUCUGCACCAUCUCCUCUGCACCAUCUCCUCUGCACCAUCUCCUCUGCACCAUCUUGACGCUGUUUGUUUCAUUUACAUUAUUUUCUCUUCUCUUCCUCCUGCUUUGUGUUUUUAACCACUCCCACGCCCUCACCUGUGUUUUUUUGUUCUGUUUUUUCUUUUUGUUCUGUCCGUUUUCCUCCGUUUCCACUUUUCCGUGUUCACUGUUGCAGCCUCACAGGUUGGGGAAGCUGGCCGAGCAGGGCACAUCAGGUCCAGACCCCACCACGGUCUUUGUGGACAUGAGAGCACUGCGCCACGACAGGGUUCGAUUGGUGGAACGAGGCUCACCGCACAGUUUACCCCUCAUGGAAUCAGGAAAGAUCCUUCCUGGGGUCCGCAUCAUCAUUGCAAACCCGGAGACCAAGGGACCAAUGGGGGAGUCGCAUCUGGGAGAGAUCUGGGUCCACAGCGGGCACAAUGCCAGCGGGUACUUCACGGUGUACGGGGACGAGGCGCUGCAGUCCGACCACUUCUGCUCCAGACUCAGCUUCGGAGACACGCAGACGCUGUGGGCGCGCACCGGGUACCUGGGUUUCCUGCGGCGCACCGAGCUCACAGACGCCAAUGGAGAACGUCACGAUGCGCUGUACGUGGUGGGGGCUCUGGAGGAGGCCAUGGAGCUGAGGGGGAUGCGGUACCACCCCAUCGACAUCGAGACUUCAGUCAUCCGGACGCACAAAAGCAUCACAGAGUGUGCGGUGUUCACGUGGACGAACCUGCUGGUGGUGGUGGUGGAGCUGGACGGGUCCGAGCACGAGGCCCUAGACCUGGUUCCCAUGGUUACCAACGUGGUUCUGGAGGAGCACUACCUGAUCGUGGGCGUGGUGGUGGUGGUGGACAUCGGCGUCAUCCCCAUCAACUCCCGCGGCGAGAAGCAGCGGAUGCACCUGCGAGACGGGUUCCUGGCCGACCAGCUGGACCCCAUCUACGUGGCCUACAACAUGUAA